GCCCCAUUCCAAGUAAAAGAUGAAAUAAAUAAACACAGAAUCUGGUUCCAGUAAUAGCCGAGUGAGACACUCCCUCCUCUGAUAACCUGCUAUAAAAACUUGCUUUCUCUGUCUUCACGAGACAACACAAACAUUUGUGCUUUUACAUCCAGCAGUAAAACACCAAAAUGGGCAAGGGGCAAAAAAUCACCCUGGUCCUCAUCUCAGUCAUUUUCCUUGGCCAACUCUGCUGGACACAGGGAGGGAACACCAUUCUAAAUCAUUACACUUCCACAUAUGGGCUGUUGUGUUAUGAUGCCUGCCACCUGCACAAAAAAGAAUUCUACUGGUGCAACACUAAAAAGGGCUGGGAUUACUGCUCGUUAAAUUCAAACACUGAUUAUAAAGGCUUCCAGUGUAAAGAUGACCAUCCCUGUGACCUGCAUGAUAAAGAGUACUACUGGUGCUAUAACCAGGCUGGGGACAGCAAUUACUGUGGAAUAGUGGCGCUAAGAACAGUGCUGUAUAGAAGUUCGACUUAUCAGAGCGAAUGCAGGGAUGAGUGUUCCUACGAUGAGUCAAGGUUAUACUACUGGUGCAACACAGCUAAAGGGUGGGACUACUGCUCUCCAUCACCUGAUGUCACGUACAAGAACGAGCCGUGCCGAGCCGAUCACGGGUGUAACACUCAUGGCUAUGACUACUCCUGGUGCUGGACAGCCUCAUCCUGGGACUACUGCGGUUUUACUGAGACCAGCGGGAUUUACGGAACCCCCGGACGUCAGAAAAGACAACCUGAGGACAAAACUGUGAUUAAACCAACCUAAGCUGUCAAUUUGCAGACAAUGAUUUAACUUUUGAAUUUCGGCUAAUUGCUUGAAGCUGCAGAACCACAGCAUGCUAUUGCUUUUGAACAGAUUUGAGUUACUUUAGAUUUAUAGAAAUAUGUAGAUCCUGUUUAAUGAUACCUAGAACCACAUCACUGAGAACGAGGCAUGAGCUGAUGAUCAGUACACAGAUUCCACUAAAUCAAAGAGGAACAUUUCAUGUUUUAGCUUCAAGCAACAGAGAAAUAUACCGAAUGAUUAUCAAUAAAUAAAAAUCUUUUCUGUUGUUGUUGGCUAUCUGCAAAGUAUUGUUCAAAAUGUACAAUUUCUCAAUCAGUCUUUUGCAAUUAAACAAAAUCAACCUCUA